AGAUGUAGAAACCUUUUCACUUGAAUGAGGAAAAAAUAAGGGAAGCUUAGAGCAUGCCAUCGUCUUUCAAGUUGUUUUUCUUCUUGAUUUUCCUCUCUUACAUAGAAAUAAUCUUGAGCCAUGGCAGAGGAAGUUGCUCAUCAUCUUGUGGAAACCUCCAAAACAUCAGGUAUCCUUUCCACCUUAGAGGUGAUCCAACUGAAUGUGGUGGUCCUGAUUUUGAACUGAAUUGUGAAGGAAACAAUACAAUAUUAGAGAUCCACCGAAAAAAGUUUUAUGUCAUAGAUAUAUCAUACCGUGAUUCUGAAAUCAUGCUUGUUGAUGUUGGUUUGGCAAAGGGAAAUUGUGUUAAUCUUCCAGAAAGAUCAGUUGAUCCUGAUGAUUAUCUCGGAGUGUUUCGGUUUGGGCGUGCUUAUAUAGGUCAGGCCACAUUCAUUAACUGCUCAGUAAAGAUCGAUGAUCCAAGUUUUAAGAUUGUGCCUUGUCUCAGCAAGAAUAACUCACAAAUUUUUUAUGUAUUAUUUGAAACUUUAUCAGUUGGAGACCUCCCAGUAAAUUGCCAUUUUCUAUAUACAGUUCCCCUGAAUGAUAAUAGGCUUCAUCAUAGUAUUUUUGAUCAACUUAAACUAGGUUUUAGGAUAAAUUGGAAUCCUCUUAUCAAUUCAACAGCAGACGCCAUUCACAAUUGUGCAAAAAUUAUGGGGAAUCUCGUUUUUAUUGAUGGUCAAUCAACUGAAUCCUAUAAAGAAGAGAUGGGCAUUACCUUAUAUGAUUUGAUAUCUCCUUUUCGUUUUGAAAUUGAUUUCUUGGCAUGUCUCCAUAAAGAGCAGUACAAGAAUUCAAUAUUAACGUACUAUGCAGCAGCAGUAAUUUUUUUAGUAUUGGACAUAACACUCCUAAUACUAGUUUUAUUAAUAAUUGGAAGAUUUCUAUUUGCACCAUUAUGUGUCCUUUCAUUCCUUGCGUACAACUUAUUCAAGCUUUCGGUACCUGUUGAUAUUAUUGAGAGGUUCCUACAAAAUCAAAAAGCUCUCUCACCAUCAAGAUAUUCAUACAAUGAUAUCAUAACAAUUACAAGCAACUUUAAAGAGAAGUUAGGACAAGGAGGCUUUGGGUCCGUCUAUAAAGGAAGGCUCCCUGGUGGUUAUUUGGUUGCUGUGAAGAUGUUGGGAAAAUCCAUGGGUGAUGGAGAGGAUUUUAUUAAUGAAGUAUCUACAAUCGGUAGGAUUCAUCAUGUAAAUGUAGUGCAACUUGUUGGAUUUUGUGCUGAAGGCUCUUAUAGAGCUCUAGUUUAUGAGUACAUGGCUAAUGGGUCUCUUGAUAAAUACAUUUUUUCUUCAAACAAGAAAAAUAGAAUCCUUAAUAUGGACAAGCUUCUUGAGAUUGCCCUGUCUGUGGCCAAGGGACUUCAUUACUUACACCAGGGGUGUAAUAUGGGGAUUCUUCAUUUUGACAUCAAACCUCAUAAUAUCCUUCUUGAUCAUAAAUUCACACCAAAGAUCUCUGAUUUUGGCUUAGCAAAGUUGCACCCUAAGGACCAUAGUCUGGUCUUCAUGAGUGCUGCUAGAGGAACAAUUGGAUAUAUUGCACCAGAAUUAAUAUCAAGAAGUUUUGGGACUAUUUCUCAUAAAUCAGAUGUAUAUAGCUUUGGCAUGCUUCUAAUGGACAUGGCUGGUGGGCGUAGGCAUAAUGACCUGAAAGCAGAAAAUUCUAGUCAAGUUUACUAUCCUUCAUGGAUUUAUGAUAAGCUACAAAAGACGGAGUUGUCUGAGAACUUUGAAAUUUUUGAGAUUGAUGAUUUAGAGAUGAAGCUAUGCAAGGUGGGGUUGUGUUGCAUUCAGACAAGACCUGUAGAUCGCCCUUCCAUGAUCAAUGUUGUGGAGAUGCUGGAAGCUGAUGUGAAUUCCUUACAAAUGCCACCAAAGCCUUUCUUUUCUUCUUCACAUUCAAUGUCUCAAAGAAACAUUUGUAUGGAUUACUCUGUACAUGAGCUUCCAAUAAUUUUAGAGAACUUGUAAGCCAUGCAAAAGAUAUAACACUAAUAGAAAAAUUCAUUUAA